UUUAAUUUAACCAACAACUUGAUUUUUCGAAUUUUUAUAGACAGUAUUUAACACUUAGUAUAGCGAUAAUCAAGAGAAAAGACAGUUUAUAUUUUUAAUAUUUAGGCUACAAAUGCGCUAUAUUUUUUCUCUUGUCUUUGUGGCUGUAAUUAUUCGCUUAUGGCAUCAUCAAUUAUUUAUAACUGAUAAACAAAUCGCACGGUGCCUUCGACAAAGGUCGAAGAGCAACGCGGUGUUUUCUAGUUAAUUUACAAAACAAACUACAAAGCUUACGAUUCAUCACCGAAAAAUAGACUCAAGCGGGAUUUGGAACCGUUAUUUGGUGGGUCAUCAAACAUACUUCGAACCAGUAACUAGAAUACUACAAGCUACUAUGAUAUCAACCACCUACAUCAUGAACCACGCCGUGCUUGUGACCCUGGCAAUGUGUGCCGUCGCUGCGUGUAUGGGAUCUGUGCAAGCAAACGACUGGAUUGAUGAUAUGGUAAAAGCACGGACACAAGCAUCUCUUAAGAAGUUGGAGAAGGAUUUUAUGUCGGUCUUCAAAAAAUAUGUUAUCAACCCAGCCAAAGCUAAAGGCAAAGUCGCCCUGGAGCAACAAAAACGCCUAAAACAUGAUUUAUCUAAGGUACAGAGAAGAAGCAUAACGCUGGACCCAAGAAUACGACGAUCUGGUGCAUGCUCCGACGUCUGCCGUCACAGAUGUAUUCCAGAAUGCAACCUAGCCUGCUGUGUGAACUUCCCUCCCGGGUACGACGAAAAGAAAGUAAACUCCAUUGAAGCAAAAGUCGCGAAGAAAGCGGAAACAGGAACAAGAAAGAGCACCUUAUCAAAGAAUGUUCUCGAGAAAGGCAGCAAAUGUGACAGCAGCUGCUUACGGCAUUGCACACCGGACUGCAAGUUCAAAUGCUGUAUUAAACUGCCAAGCGCGUGAUAAGGUGGACACUACGGCAAAGGCUGUGAAAAUAGUUUAUUUCAAAUGGCGCGUUUCUAGAAAGAGGAAAAGAAAGAUUGAAUGGUGUUUUUUUAAGUAGCAUUGAAUAACAGUUGGAUUCUUUAUCUUAGCUAUUACAAUCGUGAACACAGGCGCUAAUCCACUUUGAUAUUUAGUGCAAUGCUGUUUGUAUAGUACGAGGAGCGCAAUGGUUAAAAAAACGGGAGAGUAUUUGCAUUAAGAACGAACGAAAAACAUGAUUAAUGAAAAUUAUAGGUAUAACUCUUCGCCAAACCAGGCUAAGACAGUACAAGUGUAAUGCAUUGCUCUUGUAAACUUGUAAAUAAAAUUUAUUUACCCAGGACAUGUUA